CGAGUGCUAGGAACACCAGCAACAGUAUACCGAUUACCAAGACUUGACCUGCGGAGUAGGGACGUUUGGUCGCACCGCAUAGAACUGUCGCAGUACGGCAGUCGCCGAAUCGAGAUUUUGCACGACGAGGUUACCGCACCAACAAUAACAACAACAAAAACUCCGCGACAACAACUACCGUCUUAUCUAUUUCGUGUUCUCGUCGCGUUCACUCGUCCACUGUAUGUUCACGUACUCGUAUUAAUCACAUAUGGAUCGACGACUAGACUGCCGAAUAUCGUUAUUUUUAUAUUUUAGUUAUUAAUAUCGCUUGUAGUUAUUUACGUAAAUUUAUCGUCCAAAACGUUAUCGUUUUUGUACUCAAAUCAGUAAUUAUUUUUCUAUUAUACCUAUAUAUUAUUAUAAAUUACGAAUUUACAAAGCCGGGUUCGAAUUGAUAUUAAAGUAUCCCAUCGCCACUGGAAUUUCGAGUCUACUGGUUUUAAAUUUUAUGAUAAUUGUGUUUUGUUAAUCGAUCCGCGUCCAGGGCCUACUGUUGUGCCUAAUACUGAACAGAGUCUAAAUAAUAAAUAAACUCAUGCAGUGUAACUACACCAAUGACAUUAAUAUUAUGCAUUUAUGCCGAUUGGAACGGGUUUCCGAAUGUGAACCGAAUUAAACCGACUUCGUCGAGUACUAUAAUUUUGUGAUGAUGACACCGUUACCAGUCCCGUGACGUUCAUGUGAGUUUAAUGUCAAACAGUAAUAAUGCAUCGCCCAGCCGUAUUCCAAAGCCGAAUUGGAUGCGGCACUCGAAUAGAACACCGAAGAUUCAAAGACAUCAAAGUCUACAAACUUUAAAUACAUACGAAAAAGAUGAUGAUUGUGCAUCAGAAAAAAGUUUUGGCAGUACAACCAGCAGUCAAUGUGAUAAUGGCCAUUCUAUGUUUGCUCUUAAUGGUACUACAUAUUCUAGCCGCAAAAAGGCUUAUUUACACUAUUGCCCUUCAAAUAUAGGCAGUGAAGAGUAUCUUACUCCUACACAGAGAUCUAGUCGAACUAUCAGAAAUCUUAGAAGGUUGCUAAACGAUGCUCACAGUGAACUAAAUGAUAAAGAUACAGAAAUCGAUCAGCUUAAAAGGGAAAAUAUUGAACUUAAAGUAAAGUGUGGAUAUGAAGCUGCUAACAAUUCGAUCGCAGAAGGUGACGAAGAUGAGGACACUGCUAGAUUCAUACCCAGCAAAGAACAAACCCCUGAACCUGAUUCAACCAAACUUUCAAGGAGUUUUUUAAAUCCAUCACCAUCACCAGCAGAUUCAGGACAUGGUGAUGAAUAUGAUGAAGUUAAAAAAUUACGUCAAGCUUAUGACGAGUUACGUGAGAAACAUAAUGAUAAAAUUGAAGAACUAUUGAAAAACUUAGGAGACCUUAAUGAAAAAUACUACGGAUUAAAACCAUUACUUGAUGAAGCAUAUAUCAGAAUCAAAGAACUUGAAAGAGAAAAUGAUUUCCUUAAAUGGUCUAAAACCGUACAAGAUAAUACUAAAACUACUGUUGAUCAAGAUUCUAUUAACCAAAUAAAGAAGACUUUUUGUGAUGUUCUUACUCAGACUCAAUCAAUAUUACAAUUAGAUAAGAAGACUGAAACUGAUCAAACACAUUUCUAUGAUGCUAAUACAGUAAAUACUGAAAGCUCCUUACAACAAUCUGAUUCAGAAAAACAUCAUGUAAUCCCGACACAAACUCAACAAAUUGUAUGUCUAGAAAAGGUUACUGAAACUGAUAGUCAGGAACUUGAAGAUGAUGUAGAUGAGCUGAGUAAUGUUAAGUUGGAACUAAAAAAGACAAAAGGACGUAGCCAAAGUGUUGGUGGCACUUUGUUAUCCGGAUCUGAGGCCAUUGCCCUUUGGAUGAUCGGCACGAAAAAGGCAAUGUAUGAAAAUAUUCUCCAACAACAAUUGGAACAACAACGUCAACGUCCAUUACAUGACGCUGAAAUGACACUACAAUUCUUAAAAUCAGCAUUUUACUAUUAUCUCACUGAUCCGUCGAAUACCACUGGACAUUUAAACGCAAUAUUAAGCAUACUUCGGUAUUCGGAUGGCGAAAAAAAAAUAAUCGAGAGAAAUCAAGCGUGGAAAUAACAUUAUUUCAAAAAAUAUUUUGAUGAUUUAUAAAAUAUUUUUGAGUUAUUUUAAUUAUUGUCCAAUUUGAACAUACUGAAAAAUUUUUUUUUUCAAUGUAUGAUUAAUUUAUUUUAAAAUAAGUUUCCUAAUUAGUUUGUAUUUCUUGGUUUUCUGUUUUUUCCUCAAUUUAUUUUAUUAAUUAUUUUUAAAUUUUUUAGUAUUAGUACCUAUUAUGGUUGUCGAUAGGGAUCUUUUAAGAUUUGUUACUAUAUUAUUAUUUUUUUUGUUUUGUUUUGAAAGAAUGUUUGGUGUUUACCUUUUAAUUAUACACUGUAUUUAUAACAAUUUUAAAUCAAUUUAAAUCAGUUGAUUUAAUGCAUUGAUCAUAUUAUUUUAGUAUGACCAGUGACUACACAGUAUACAUUAUACUUAAUAUGUCCAGUGUUUUGUCAAUUUAUAAUGACGCAUCAGUAUUGUGAUAAAGUUAAAUUGUGAUUAAUAAAUUGAUUAUUAAUCAAAA